UCUUGGGAUUCGCAGCUUCCAAACAGCCGAUUUCCUUUCCUUGCAGCUGGGAGGGCAGGUUCCCUGGCUGCUGCUCCUGUGCUCACUGGCUGCCACUACUGGACCUUCCCCAGGAGGAGUCAGUCGCUUCACUUCUAAGGAAAGGGGGAGGCAGGGAGGGGGGAGAGGGGAUCCGGGAUCAGCCUCUCCUGCCCCAGCAGCAGCCAGGAUGCUCCGAGGCAGCGGCAGCAGCUGGCCUCUGGAAUCCCGGCCAGGCGAGUCACCCCGUUAGGAGGCCGGCCAGCACCCCGCGCCCGGGGGGCAGCAGCGGCAGCAUGGGCAGCGGGAGCAGCAGGAGCAGGAGGAAGCGGAGCUGCAGCCCCGGCGCGGAUCGUCCCGGCAGGUGGGGCAGAAGCAGCAGCGCCCCCAGCUGGCAGGGCGAGGAGGCCAAGGGGAGCCAGGCGCCCGCCCCCACGGAGCUGCCCAGCAGCAGCCUGCGGCGGCCGCAGCCGGGCGGGCCGGCGGAGGACUCGGACUGGGAGCUGCUGGAGGAGGUGCUGGCUGAGUGCGAGGAGCCGGGCGCGCUGCUCCCCACGGCCCGGGGUGCGGCUGCCCCCAUCCCGGGCCCGCCCCGCCGGGGGCCCGCCGGGGACUCCUGGGCCGGCCACGACCGGCACUCAGGGGCGGUGGCAGCAGGGAGCGGCCGGGGCAGCGGUGCCGCCGGAGGGGACCAGCCGGCCUCCUUAACAAGAAGCACACAGGACCCAGAGAACAACAACUCCUCCGCUAGUGAGUUUCCAGUCAGAAGUAACAAGAAGCCCGAGAUGCAAUCCCCCAUAUCGUACGAUUACUCUGAAGAAGAGCUCAUGGCGAGUAUUGAACGAGAGUACUGCCGCUGAGAGCCAGUGCUGUACGAUCGUAGCUGACAGUGGCACAUAUGAGCAAGGGUUCUGCCAACAAAAUAACCCCACACACAGUGAGAUUGUUCUGAAGAAAUGGAAAAGACAAGAAUGAAAUGAGAGAGAAUGUUACCACUCAGGAGGCUGUUAGUAUUGUAGGACUUCGAAGAACUCCUCUUUGGCAAGUGCUGAGCAAGAGCACUGAUUAACGGAGGAACCCUCACUGACCAGUGAAUAAAAGCAAUGCAGUGGGGAAAAAAUAAGAUCUUAUUACAUUCCUCUUGUAAAUUAAUAUUUAAAAGCCAGUUUCCAAGUAAUACUUGUGUAUGAAGUCUUAAAUGUAUUGUAAGGUUGAGAUGUGCCAUUCUGACAGAGUGAUUUCAGUCAGAGAAGUGCAGCAAAUCAUUUGAAUAAAUACUUACUUGAUAGGAUAUAUCCAAAAUGUACCUUUCCUGACACUUAGCUAUGGGUCAAAUUCAGACCUACGGUAAGCAGAUUGCAACUCUAUACACCAGGUCUGAAUUUGGGCCCCCCCCCCAUUUUUAUUUUUAUUUUUUAAAUAUUCCACAAUACAGAAAAAGGGAGGGAAGGGAAUCAAUCAUUCCAAACUUAGGCUGCAGGAUCUAAUAGUUCAAAUCCCAGUUCUCUGUCAAACAACAGGUGUGGGAUCUGUUCUGAUUGUGCAUAUGGCUCUGUUCCUUCUCGCUCCCCUUUUCCAAAGAGGCAGGGGAUUGAAAUUGUCAAGAGUCCGGUUUCCUUAAAGGGCAAGAUUCUGGUCUAGUUCCUUACCUGCUGGCUUACAGAAAUGGAAGCUACAGGGAAAUUACAAGGACAGAAUGAAAUGCACAUACUGGUCCGUUGCCACAUGUAUGCGCCCGUUGGGUCACCCACUUUGAGAUGGGCUUUAACAUGAUUGAAGAGCAGUAGUUCACAAAUCAGCACUCCCGCAUUGGAGUUAGAUAUAAAAUACCACUUCUGGCUUACACAAGAAUUUUCAUUAGUGCUUAAUUUAAAAUUAACCACAUUCAUCACUAAGGAUGGAAAAGUAAAACAAAAAAUCCUAUAAACCCGAAGACUCAGAGGUUUUCAGCAUGAUUGACGGUGAAGCCUUGUACUUUUAAAUUAAGGUUUCUGUCUUUUUUUUUGGGGGGGGGGGGAGCCUGAUAUAGUUGGAGUAGCUGCUUAUUAUCAGAAUUAGAAAAAAAAUAACUUUUCUGUCCUCUGAUGGAACAUAACAUGUCAGAUGAAAUCUCAAGGGCAAACGGAUGAGGCACAUGCUAAUGGGAACAGUGGGAUACACCUUAAGAUUUCAAGGUUUGACUUUUCCUUUGUACUUUGGUGUAUAUUUCACAAAUAUCUAUGUUCCACGUAAUUCUCAAUAAAAGGCAAAAGUAUCAGUUUGA